AUGGGCUCCGCAACAAUAAAUUUGACGUAUCGCAAAGCCAUAGACGCUGACGCCAGGGACGUCCAGGCACUCGUCAAGUCCGCAUACCGCGGGGAAUCCAGCCGCACAGGUUGGACCACAGAAGCAGACCUUGUUGCAGACGACCGCAUCGAUGAAGCAGGCGUCGUGUCAAAAAUCAACCAAAAAAACGGCCUGGUGCUCGUCGCACACGAUGAGGCUGGUGCACUGGCAGGAUGCUGCGAGAUUGAGCGCAAAGCCGGCGGCAUCGGAUAUUUCGGCCUCUUUGCCGUCGAUCCUACCAGACAAGCAGGUGGAUUGGGAAGAAGAAUUCUGGCCGAGGCGGAAAACAUGGCGCGGGAUGAACUUGGCGUGCGAGUCCUGGAGAUGCUGGUUAUUUGGCCGAGAAAGGAACUCGUGGAUUGGUAUAUUCGGAGGGGGUACACCAAGACGGAGAAGACGAGACCGUUCCCCUAUGCGCACCUUGUGAAUGGGCAGGCUUUGCGGGAUGACUUGUAUUUUGUCGUUUUGGAAAAGGAGCUGUAG